AAGUCCCCAAACAACAAUACCGGAAGUGGGGAAUGUAUUCGUCUAGGAAGCUACCUCUGAAAAGUAGUUGUAUUUACUCAUUGUAAAGCAGAGUGAUACCACACUGGAAGAUGAACAGUCUUUCUCCAGAGGUGGCACUGAGCCGGAUCUCCCCUGAGCUGCGGCCUUUGCUGUGCAGUGUUGUACGAAAUGGUCAAGUUGGUUUAGACUCCACUAACUGUUUGCGAAUCACUGACCUUAAGACUGGAUGCACAUCUCUGACACCUGGACCCUGUUGUGACAGAUUUAAAUUGCACAUCCCUUAUGCUGGAGAGACUCUUAAAUGGGACAUCAUCUUUAAUGCCAGAGACCCUGAGCUGCCUCCUGACUUCAUUUUUGGGGAGGAUGCAGAGUUUCUGCCAGAGCCAUCUGAACUGCCGCACCUGGCAGCGUGGGACGCCGGUGAUCCUGAAUGCCUCCUGUGGCUGGUGAAGGAGCUCCUGCAGCAGUACCACCAGUACCAGUGUCAGCGGCUGAGGGACAGCUCGCGCCUGCUCUUCGAGUAUGACAGCCUGCUCGAGGACCCCAACUUCGGCCGCAGCAUGGAGGUCUAUGCCGGCCGCAAGAACAGCUGGACAGGAGAGUUCUCCGCUCGCUUCCUGCUCAAACUCCCAGUGGACUUCAGCAACAUUCCCAUCUAUCUCCUCAAGGACACAGCUCUGGACCCGGGGGAGGAUGUGGCGUUGCUGUCUGUUAGCUUUGAGGAUGCCGAGGCCACUCAGGUCUUCCCCAAACUCUUCUUAUCACCCAGCAUAGAACAUGCCCUUGGAGGGCCCUCAGCCCUGCACAUCCCAGCCUUCCCGAGUGGAGGCUGCCUCAUUGACUACGUGCCUCAAGUGUGCCAGUUACUCACAAAUAAGGUGCAGUAUGUAAUCCAGGGCUAUCAUAAGAGAAGAGAGUACAUUGCUGCAUUUCUUAGUCACUUUGGAAUGGGGGUGGUGGAGUACGACGCUGUGGGCUUUACCAAGCUCACUCUUCUGCUUAUGUGGACGGACUUUUGCUUCCUCGUCCAUGUGGAUCUGCCCCUGUACUUCCCACGAGACCAGCCUACACUCACCUUCCAGUCCAUCUACCACUUCACCAGCAGUGGACAGCUCUACUCGCAGGUGCAGAAGUCCUACCCGUACAGUCCGCGCUGGGAUGGCAACGAGAUGGCCAAAAGAGCCAAGGCCUACUUCAAGAGCUUUAUCCCUCAGUUCCAGGAGGGGGCUUUUGCCAACGGAAAACUGUAGCUUCAGAAUGAGGCCGAGGUGAAAGUGAAGUGAAGAGAAUUUGCCGGUAAUCCCUGAGCUGAAGAGGCAGCUUUGAACUAGAAGAUCGACCCCAGCCAACCGUCCUUCAGCUCUGAGAAUGCUCACCCAGAUACGCACUCAAACAACACGCCACCAUGGACGGUCUAUUUGAAAAAUAUUGACCGUUCUGCACUGGAGACAUCUAAACCGAACUCUGUUUACUAAACACUUUCAGGUGAACGCUUUAGAAGCUUAGAUGUCACUGAUCACCUGUCCCUUGUGACUCCAGACACUCUGUGCUGGAGGACCCUUCACAUAUCCAUUUGAACUGAUUGUCCCCCUUUCUUCACCAUGUCUGUUCUUACAUGAGCUAGAAUAAAUUAGUUUUCUUCAUUUUCUACAUUCACUGAACAACUUUGUGUAAUUCAUUGUAUAAUUCAUUUCAUUUCAGGCAAAAUUCCUUUUAUAUUUUAUGUACCUGUCCUGUAGUCGGAAACUGCAGAAGCAGUUUUCUGAAAAGAGGUCAUUUAAAUCUUCGAUGUACUCGAACAUAGUCCACAGCGAGCCAGUAUCUGCAGUGUAAAUGAAUCCAUACCUUCACUUUCAUUGUAGUGAGGCCCCCGUGGCGUUAGUAUUAAUCCCACCUCUUUCCUGCUCACGAGCAGUUAUUGGUGAGUAAAUAGGCAGAGAAUAGUCCACUCCAUUGCUCAGGGGCUGCCGUGCCAACAGGAUUUGUUUUUUGUUUUGUUUUUUUUCCCUAAGCCCUGCACGUCUCCACCUGAUCUCCUGAAGGAGUUCACCUCACCUCGGAAGUAGAGAGAGUAGACCAGCCCAGAUACACCACAUGGUACCACUGCUAUCACAGUCAGGAUGUUGGUGAUUUGAUUUAGCAUGUUUUGUUGUUGUUAACGUUUUAACGAGUGCAGCCAGUCUAGAUAUAACCUCUAAAAAUGGGCUUGCGUUCAAUUAUUUAAGUACUGAAACGCAUGUACAUGUGUGACAAACAAUACAACACAGCAUGAGCUGCAUUUAAAUCGAGGCAGAGGUUGAACCCAUACCUAUAGUUGCUGCAGCCCUUAGUGGAUCAUACCAAGGCCUACCUGAAUCUCUCUUCACCUCAUAGGUUGUGUAGCAUUUAUAUAACACAAUUAAACAUUAUAGUACAAGACAGAGCAAGAUAUGGUGAGUGGUGUCACUUUGGCAAAGGAAAAUAAGUCACGGUGUAACACCAAAAAAUUGUGAACCACACAACCUUUAGGCCCUGGGCAUAAAAUACAGUUUAACAAUUACAGUUUAAUAACAAGGCAUUAUAAAGUUACCUGAGCAUCAGAAUACAUUGAUAUUGACAAAAUAUCCAUUUAGUGAUGCUAAGAUAACACGUGUGUAAGAUGUAUUGUGUGCUCCUUCAGUGAUGCGCCACCUUUAGAACAAGCAGUGAAGCAGUGUGUAUAGUACGAGAGGGUGUGGGUUUGUGUUUCCUUACCAGGUUUUGAGCUGUGGGCACAUGUUAUGACACGGCAUUAACUACACAUGCUGCUGAACUCGAUCUGCUUCUGAUUCCGCUCGGCAGUUCCCCUGCCAUAAUACGGAUAAUGCUCCCGCGAUGUGUGAACACACGUGCAUGCCAGCAGAGGAACGCACGCAUACGUGUAUCAGGAGAGAUGAGUGCUCACGUGGUGUGCUCAGGGGACGUGAGGGAGAAGAAACAGUACUAGGGAGAGGGGUAGGGAGCGUGUGCUGGGGAGAGUGCUACCGCAUGCCUGCUGGUUCUCAUCAUGAAGCACAGGGGGUCGUUGUCAGGGGUCUUUGGUGGCCUAGGGGCCAGCCAACUGCUAUAUUUAUUGUUCGUAAUGUAGCAACUGUCAUGUCUAAUAGGGAACUGUAGGAUGAAUGUAUCUGGGGCAUUUAAUAGAAUCAAGUCUUUUAUUAAAAAAGAAUGAAAAAGCAA